CCUAAACCAGCAAAAAUGAAAUUGAUCGUCGCUGUCGCUUUCUUGGCUGUGGCCCUCGCCGCACCUCAAGGAGAUAAGAAGCCAAUCGAAAUUGUGUCAUCCAACAGCGAAAUGAACGCCGAUGGCAGCUACUCCUUCGAUUUCGAGUCUGCCGAUGGGACCAAAGUGUCUGAAAGUGGCAGCCAGAAACAAGUUGGACCCAAACCGGAGGAUAUCGGGACCGUGUCCAAGGGCUCCUACUCGUUCACGACUCCCGACGGCGUCGUCCUCACCGUCAAUUGGGUGGCCGAUGAAAACGGAUUCCAGGCCACCGGCGACCACCUCCCCACUCCUCCACCCAUGCCCGAACACGUCGUCAAGAUGCUCGCAGACCUCAAAGUCGCCGGAGUCCUGUAAAUCAUUAAAAAAAAAUUGCCUUUCAACCGGAAUCAAAUUUGAACAAAAUCUACCAGAUGUACAUAACGCUCAGAUUCCCCGCCCACAAUCAGUUGUACUAGAGUCAGUCAGACGGGGAAUAAAAAGUUGUGUUUCUUUUCA